GGCUAAACUUCCUCCAAGCAAAUAUACAAAACUGGUUAACAGUUAUCAGAAACAUUUGGUUGCAGUUAUUGCUGUCCAAGGAGGUCACACCAACUAUUGAAAGCACAAGUUCAUAUACUUUUGCCACACACAAAGAGAAUCUCCCAAGCCGCUUCAAAUUUAAGGAGUAUUGUCCAAUGGUAUUCCGAAAUCUACGGGAAAGAUUUGGGAUUGAUGAUCAGGACUAUCAGAAUUCUGUGACCCGGAGUGCUCCAGUAUACAAUGAUAGCCACGGGCGAUGUGGAGUUCGCUUCCUUACCACCUAUGACCGGCGGUUUGUCAUCAAGGCAGUGUCAAGUGAAGAUGUUGCAGAGAUGCACAACAUUCUAAAGAAAUACCAUCAGUUCAUUGUGGAAUGUCAUGGGAAUACACUUUUACCCCAGUUUCUUGGCAUGUAUAGGCUUACAGUAGAUGGUGUGGAAACCUACAUGGUAGUUACAAGGAAUGUAUUUAGUCACCGGUUGACAGUGCAUCGGAAAUAUGAUCUCAAGGGUUCAACAGUAGCAAGAGAAGCCAGUGACAAAGAAAAGGCGAAGGAUCUACCAACCUUUAAAGACAACGAUUUUCUAAAUGAAGGCCAAAAGCUCCAUGUUGGAGAGGAAUGUAAAAAAAAUUUCCUGGAGAAAUUGAAGCGAGAUGUUGAGUUUCUUGCACAACUGAAAAUCAUGGAUUACAGCUUGCUGGUUGGAAUUCAUGAUGUUGAUCGAGCUGAGCAAGAAGAGAUGGAAGUUGAGAACCGGACAGAAGAUGAAGAAUGUGAGAAUGAUGGCAUAGGUGGGAAUCCAAUUGGUUCCUAUGGGACUCCACCUGACAGUCCUGGUAACCUUCUCAACUUCCCACGUUUCUUUGGGCCUGGGGAGUUUGAUCCAUCUGUGGAUGUCUAUGCUAUGAAAAGCCAUGAAAGUGCCCCUAAGAAGGAAGUAUAUUUCAUGGCAAUUAUAGAUAUCCUUACACCUUAUGACACAAAGAAAAAAGCAGCACAUGCUGCCAAAACGGUGAAACAUGGGGCUGGAGCAGAAAUUUCCACUGUCAAUCCCGAACAGUAUUCAAAACGCUUCAAUGAAUUUAUGUCCAAUAUCCUGACAUAGUUGUCUUCCUGUUGUUGGCAGAAAAGGAGGGAGAAGAAUAGUAGAGGGUGGGGGGGAGUAGUGUUUUCAGUUCUACAGGAAUGCAGCCCAGUCUGCUGGAUAUGGUAUUCUGUGAGUGUGUGAUGACAGUCUGACCUAGCAGAAAACUAACCUCUAGAUGUGGGCCUCAAACCUGGUGGAAAAUGAGACUAUUACUCUCUUCUAUUUUGGUUGCUAAUAUAAAUAUCCAAACAUAAACCUGGGGAAUAAAGUAGUGUUAAGAUUUGCACUUUUCUUUGAAAAGCAUCAGUUUCCAAAUGGUCAGAUGUUAAUGUGAACACAUAACAGAAGAUAUAAAUGAUGGUUUCCUUCGAUUGAACUAUGGCUGUUCUCUCAGAGCAAAUUCUCUUUGUUGCUUUCUCUAAGGAUUGGACAAGUGAUGCCCUGUCAUUUCAAGGACAAGAACUGCUAUAACAAUUAAGGAAAGCCAUUUUAAGUUAGUUGAACAAGGACUUUUUACUUCCGGUCUUUUGAUAUCCCACUUUCAUUUUGCAUUGUUAUUUCAAAAAAGUGAGAAUAUGAGGGAAUUAGAUGACUGCUUAAAUUUUUAUGCAAUCAAGGGAGAAAAAAAAAACAGUUCCAGAAGAAUCCACAUUUCUAAUGAAAUACGAUACAAUUUCUUGGUGGAGAGCAUGAAGAGGUGAGAUAACUUCAUGGAAAUAAUACUUUGAUAAGCUGCAGACACAUUUGUACUGAGUUGGAUUACAACUUGGAUUAAGUUAUCUUUAAUAAUGAUCUACCAGAGCUAAAUUAUUCAUGGUUCAAACUUUUAUACCUUGAUCUGGUUGUAAAUGGUGUAAAAUGAUAUUUUCCUGUUUAAAAAAAGGUACCACUUCUUUGUAACAUCUUAUGCUGUGAACCAUUGUGUUAGAAAUAUUAGCUUUUGAUCAUUCCAUUUGGGAAGAAUCUAGUUUCAGAAUAUAGGGAAAAUGUAAUAAAUUGUUGAAGGUGACUGCUUUUAACCACUAGGACAGAUUGUCCUGCUAAUCCAGAUUUUUGGAAUAAGUUGCACUAGUUCAGUUUUUUUAAAAGAAUCCAAACUCUUGCAUCAUUUGAAUUACAACUUUUUCUUGUAAUCUACAGACUGAUGUUGGAUUUCACAACUGUACUUGUCAAAACUGAAGAUUUUGACUUCAUUUAUUCCAUUUUUUCAAUAUUCUUAUGAGGAUGGAUUGUUUAUAGAUUUUUUUAAAAAGAGGGAUAUGGCAAAUUAUGAACCACCAACUUGCAAUCAAGACCCUUUGCUUACUCUUUCUGAAUGUGUUUCUUACACAUGCUUUUUUUUGUAUGUGAUUGUUGGGGUGUUAAUGUCCUGUGCCUUCUGCUUUGUGGAUUUUGUCUUUUUUGGAAGUAAGGUAAAUAUUUUUUUUCUUUCUUUGUUGCCCUCAAGUAUGUGUAUUCUUUUGGAUGAGAUUUUUCACAUAAAUAGCAACAAAAUGCAUAAUGCAUUCCAUGAUUCCAAAGUCAUAUUUACAAGGCUUAAAAAUCAUGGAAUAUGCUGUACAUACCAUAAGAUUUUUUAAGGCAUAAAUUACAAAUUAGAGAUUUGAACGAUUUUUUCACCUACAUUUCAAAGCAGAUUUCUUUUAUUAGAAGCGACAAUGUUUUAUCUUUCCCAAUUGGUUUUAUCAUAAAAUUAAUGUGAAUUUAGGAACUUAUUUCAAAAGGCAGGCAUGGAUAUGGAUAUGUUGAUAGGCUGUAAAUUUUUUGGAAACUCAAAUGGUGCACUUAAAAGUUCAAUGUAAAAUAGAAAAUUUGGUCUACCCCUGCCUUAACUGGGAAUUUCAUUUUUAGCUCCUUUUGCUUACAUUUUAAUUAAAAUUGGUAAACAUUAACUUAAAAUGCUGUUUUUUACAAUUUUUACAAAUAUUUGCCAGCUUUAAUCUAUUUAGGAGUUAGUCAGUGUACAGUUUUAAAAAACUAUGAAAAGAUGUGUUACCUGGUUGAUUCAUUUAUAGAAGACACUUGAAACAACCAAUAAUGGGCACUCAGGCAGAAAGAACAAACUCUCAGUCUUCGCCUCCUCUUACUUUCUCUUCUCAGUCUUCUCUGGCCUUUGCCUCUCUUGUCUGUAUCUGUGCUCUCUCCAGUCCCACAAUCCAUUUCCAGAAGUUUUUCUUUUUAACACCUUUAAUAUCCUGUUCUUUUAUCUUCAACUGCCUUCAUAUCCUGACAAAAGCCACCCAACCAUCUGUUGAUUCUAUUCCAUGCUCAUUGUUUAAAGUCCUCUUUGAUGUACAUACGUUGUGCUUAGAUGUUGAAUUUGAGUUUUACUCAGAUAUCUCUCAAGAGGAUUCGAAAUAUAUCCCUAAACUCACCUUUAGUUCCCUGUUUGAUUUUUGUAUUCUGUCAUACAUGCCAUUGAGUUGUUAGUCCUUACAUUUUACCCAGUGUUGGGAUUCAAUUUUUUUUACUACCGGUUCUGUGGGUGUGGCUUGGUGGGCGUGGCUUGGUGGACAUGGCAGGGGAAGGUUACUGCAAA